GCCUCAUCCGUGGCGCCUAAAACCAGACGCACAACUAAUAGAAGCCUGCCAGGAGCUGCACAGUUGUGUUUUUCUCUGUCGUCCAUCGCAACGCUCUUUUACCGCUCCGCUGUACGGUAAACAAGAAGAAGCUUAGCAGCUACUGUGUCGUCUGUCCGACAACAGGAACAAGCAUGUCUGCUCAGCCCGGUGAGGAGCUAAGCUCGGAAGGGAAGUGGUUUGGGGAUGACUAUGGGAGGAACGGCCUGUUUGGGAGCACACCGACCCGGUUCGAGGAGUUUCGUGAGGAAUUUAAGCCGAAAGGCGGCGACGCGACAAGCGACCUGGAUCAUCCUUUCCAGGACGACGGGAAAAGGCCUUCCGUUGCUAUGGAAACUGCAUCUACAGAUGAUCCCAUGUCUGGCUUGUUCAGGAAGCCUAUGAAUGAUGAUGGUGAUGUGUACACAUCCCUGCUGUCCAAUCAGAGUUUCACAACCGGCAGGGAAGCCUCAUACCUGUCGGACGACCUAAAGCCCUCCAACAACUCCUCUGGCUCCUCUGUCUUGGACCACUUCUCAAGUGACACCUACAGCUUCAGCUCCAACACCAAAAUGGCUUCCAAGCCAAUGGAUGACAUGCCAAAGUCUCUGCUGGGCUCACACAAAACAGAAUCCUACAACUACAUGGAUAUCAGCCACGAGGAAGUGCACCAGUACCAGCACCAGGGGGCUCUGUCAAACAAGGCUGACAAAAUAUCAGCUGGUCAUGACUUCCUGGAUAGCUACAUGGAUAAAAAUCUUGGAAAAGAUGAGGAUGAUGAAGAGGAAGAUGAAAAUCUAGGUCCAGCACUUGGCUCUCAUUCUUUCCCUUAUGUUGAAGAGCCAUCCGAUGAGGAGCUGACGGACUACCGCUCCUACCGAAACCUGGGUGGCACACCACAGACAGCCAGCCCAGUGAAGAUCACUUUGACUGAGUCCCAGCCUCCACCUUCCAAGUCUGAGCUGCAGCAGCAUCCCUCUCCAGUUAAUGUGUCUGAGCGUGAGAACAUCCUCAGUGUGGGCUUACAGGGGGUUCCCACUGUGACACUGUCAGAGCCGGAGGAUGAAAGCCCUGCUUCCACUCCUAAUGCGUCCCCAACACAGAAAGAAUUCCCAACACGUGACAUGUUCAAGUCUGAGGUGGGAAAGCCGACAUUUACCAAAAGCAAUCCAGGCAAAAAGCCCGGCAACAGGGAGCAUGAUGGCAGUAGUGCAGAGUCUGGAGACUCAGAGAUCGAGCUAGUGUCUGAAGAGCCCCCCAAACCUAGUAGCAACCCGUUUGCUGAACCCCCUAAGAGCAAGGGAGCUUUCAGCCAGCCUAACAACCCGUUUGACAAUCCUCCGGUUACCAAGGGUGGUUUUGGCCUUGUAGGCAGCUCUGCUCCACCCACAGCCUACAGCAUACUGAGGGAGGAGAGAGAGGCAGAGCUUGACAGUGAUCUCUUCAUUGAGUCUGCAUCUGAGGAAAGCCCAAAGAGAGAGCAGGGUGCGAGUGGCCCCAAACAGGGAGUCAGCCCUCACUCUCCAUUGGUUUCCACUACCACCCCUCCUCGCAGUACAAUUGAGGCAAUGCCAGCUGAGCCUCUGAUUCCAGAAAAGGCCAAGAACCCUGUGAAAACAGAGGAAGGUCCCAGCAAGCCUAAGCCCCCAACAGCCGCUGUACCUCCAGAGGUACGAUCAGAAAAGGCCCACCAGGGUGACAUGCACAAGAUCACCAGUGAGGGCAAAGAAGACCAAGGAAAACCUGCUGUAUCAAUCUUUCUGGAGGGAUUUGAUAAACAAAAAGCAAUUGACCUCCUCUACUGGAGAAAUGUGAAGCAAUCAGGUGCAGUGUUCAGCAGCGUUCUUCUGCUCCUUUUCUCCCUGACCCAGUUUAGUGUGGUCAGUGUUGGAGCCCUACUUGGCCCUGGCAGCCCUUUCAGCCACCAUCAGUUUCAGGAUCUACAAGUCUGUGCUGCAGGCUGUGCAGAAGACAGAUGAAGGGCAUCCGUUCAAAGCGUACCUGGGAAAUGGAUAAUUGCUCUCUUUCUCAGGGAUCAGUAUUAGCAAAUACGCUGACAAAAUCCUGCUGGUACUCCAACACCUACAUGAAGGUAGAGCUCCGCAGGCUGUUUCUUUGUACAAGAUCUGGUCGACUCCUUUGAAG